ACUCCUCGAAACCCCGCGGCCCGUUUCGAUGUUACGAAGACAAGAGCGCAAGUCCUGAUCGUUGAGACGGGAAGGCAAGCUCUCGCCUACUCCGAAUUUUUCAGGAAGAAAAACAGCAGCAGGCAUCUGUCAAGACAAAGCUCACUUAUUCUAGCCAAUCUGUUUGUGGAGACUAUCCAUAAAGUCCAUCAAUGGAAGGCACCCCUCACCUUUCCGGUCCCUUUGGUCAGAGAAGACCAGGAAAUGCAAAAACCUCUUCACAAAGACGACCAGGAGUCCUCAGAAGAUCCUUUGUACCAGGAGCUCAUUAGGAGCAAUUGUUUUAGUCAGUUACCUUUCCCGGCUCCAUCAGAGCACCAGGAGUUAGGAGGAUCCGCAGGGUCUCCAACAGACACAAUUGGGAUCCUGAGAUCUGUAGGGCAUGGCAAUCAUCCAGCCUCAAAAUUACGAAAGCCACUACCGGGUACUUCUUCCAGUCCUUGUGACAUAUCCACUGACAACACCAGCCAAGAACAUCAUAGCCAUUUACCAAAACGAGUCUUUCCUUGGAUGAAGGAAUCCAGACACAAGAAGAAGCCGAAGAACAACCUUCCUGUCUCAGACCCCAUCUCUCCACCCAAUUCCUCCUCUUCCAAAAGAGUGCGUACAGCCUACACCCACAUGCAGCUGGUGGAGCUGGAGAAGGAGUUCCAUUUCAACAGGUAUCUCUGCCGGCCACGCCGGUUGGAGAUGGCGCGCCUGCUGAGACUCUCGGAGAGGCAAAUCAAGAUCUGGUUCCAGAACAGACGGAUGAAGUACAAGAAGGACAGCAGGACCAGCAAGAGGGCUGCAAGGAAGUCCCCAAAUAAAAGCCCUCCAGCGACCAACUAUUACAGUCAGAUGGAGUCCAAGUAUGAGACGACCAUGCUGGGUUCCUGCAGCAAGGCCCAGGGAGGGAUCCAGGACACAGCAGCAUACGUGGAGGAGUCUCUCAUAGGAAAUGCCUUCACUUCUGCCUCCUUGGAUUACAGCCCCCUCCCUGUGGCAGGAGAAGAGGGUCCUCAUUACGGACCUCCAGUUCUACAAGGAAGUCCGAGUGAGAUGAUGGGAGAAAAUUACCUGGGAAAUGUGCCCGAGGCAGACUCGCUCUUCAGCUUCCCUGACUGCUCCUUGGCAAACCUGGACUACAGCUGUGUGGCUGAACUCCCCAGCCAUCACCCGCUUGGGCUUUCCAACUCACAUCCCAUUUACACAGAUUUCAGCACACAUCCUGUGCCUCAGGGAGGUUCUCAGGGACCUGUAAAUCUGAUGCAUCUGUGAGGGCUCUCCCUGCCAUGGAAACAGGCAGGGGAAAUUGCUACAGUCCUAUUAUCUCAUUAAAAAAUAUAUAUACCUCUUAAGUGCAACCAACAGUAUGCACCUCUGCCGCCUCCUAAUUUAUUUAACUGUACUGAAGAACUUUCAUGAGUGGGGGGGUGCAGUUUCUGGAUCUUAUUAAUAUUGAAGACAGAAGGAUGGCUUUUAAUCGAUGAUGAUGAUGAUUUUGAAGGCACAUCAUCUCAUCUGCAAGUUUUUUAAAACUUGACUCCUACUGUUUAGAUUUUACCCUCUGUUCCAGCCCCGCAGUGAGAAAUGAGAAGUAUUAUGAUAAUAAUACUCCCUCCAUGCACCAUGGCAGAAAAUAUUUUCAACAGCCCUUUGCCAAUGAUUGUAUAAAGAUGGCAAGUCCAUGUGGGGGGGGGGGGGAGAAAUUAUGAGCUGAAGUAGCCUAGGCAUAAGGAGGGUGGCCAACAUAAAUUAAAAUGCCAAGGUGACAAGGCAUGAUACAUCUCAACACACUUUGUUUCCCAUUGACAUAACGGUAUUCACAGCUUCCACCAGAGGAGAGCUGUCUAUGGAAACAGAGCAAGGGCAGGCCAGUGUGGUCCCUGGAUAGUCCACCCCUGCACUGGGGGGGGGAGAGGCCAUGGGGAAGGGCAGCCCCAAAUACAAUCCCUCCCCUCCUGGGCUUGAAAGACGUUGUGCUUUUCACAUGCUCUGGAGAUCUCUCAGUCUUACAAUCUACUUUCAAAGUUUAGCAAGUGGGAGAGAGAAGGAUUUGGUUUUUUCAGAC